AUGUCUGUUGUAACCGAUCCAACCAGCGCUUCGACUAGCGCUGAGGCAAGCACGGGCCCCGCGGCAAACACGAGGCAACAGACGGCUGCGAGAAAAGAGAAGAUCGCGCUUCUUCGGGCGCAGCUCGCUGCUUUGGAGCUCGAGAACUCUGAGCUGGAAGGAGACUCCAAGAACGAUGAGGAGACACCUCAACAGGAUGAAGAUCUGAAGGAUCUGACGAAAACGCACCAGGGUCAAGGCGGCGUGAUCAAAACUGAAACGGACGUCGAGCCGCAAAAGCUGGCUUCGUCAUCGUCGGUCCCACCCCCGGCGGUCCACCAGCCCGCACCCCGUCCGCAGGCAGUCGACUGGCAGCCCGCCAAGGCGCCCAAGCUGCUAGCCCCCUCGUUCGACGGCACGGCGGCAAAGCUGACCCAAUACGAGAAGGACUUGAAGCGUUACCGGUCGUACUUUCCAGAGGAGAGAUGGAACGAGAUCCUGUCUCUCACCUUGGUUGGGUCGGCCGCCGAUUGGUUCGCCUCUGGUAGCGACAAGUGGUGGAGGCUCUCGCACCAGGAGCUCUGCGAUCGGCUCCGGCUCCGUUUCGGCGACCCCAACGAGCGUUCCACUGCGAAGAAGGCGAUUCGCAACAUGAACAAGCUGUCGGUGUUGGAGAUCCAGACGGUCCUCGACAAGUAUGCGGAGGUGUCGGGUCUGUCAGAGGGCGAGAUCGCGGGCGCUAUCUGGGAUGCCAUGUCUCUCGAAGUCUUCCAGUUCGCGCGGAUGGAAAAUAUAUCCGAGAAUCUCCCGCCGUCUGAGCUCAUGGCGAGCCUGUGGGCGAUGCAGGAGUGGGAGAGCCGAAAGGUCACAGCGGCGCCGCCUCAACCGCAGCCGCAGCCGAGCUACAAGGCGUCGUUCUAUGGUCAGCGUGCGGCUCAACCGAAGCAGCAGCCUUCCCAGCCGCAGAAGCAGCAGACCAGCGUGGUGGCGGCGGUGGCGUUCGCGGAGGCUAUGGCGGCCAAGUACAACUUGUCGGCGGAGGAGCUCGAGAGACGUCGCCGUGAGCACCUUUGUUUCCGCUGUGGCUCCGGAACCCAUCUCAGGAAGACAUGCGGUCAGGCCCCGGCGGUGGCGGCAGUUCAAGUUCCAAUGAUCAAGUUGAGGACAGUGACGAAAGAGGAGAUGAAGGUGCGCGAGGGCGUGGCGCUGCGAGUUACUUUGGCGGGCCGGCAGUUGUGGGUCCAAGCGAUGAUCCUGGAUGGGCCGGUGGUGCCGCUCCUGUUGGGCAUGGAUGUGCUGGCGGCGGCAAAUCCUGUCAUCGAUCUGGCGACUCGGACGGUGCGGUUCGAGAGCAUGAAGCCGGUUCGUGUCAGAGGCAAGGGCAGUCUGGGCUCGGGCGUCAUUGGCGUGGUGCAGCAGGACGAGGCUGCGCCCGCGGUGGUGGCGAAAGCGGCGGACGUGCAGAACGAGGCUAAGCCGGCGACACAGGCCAAGCCGGCGCAGGGCGAGGCUCAGCCAGCGGUGGCGACAGAGGCCGAGGUGCAGAACGAGGCUAAGCCGGCGACACAGGCCAAGCCGGCGGCAGCAGCGGAAGAGGCGAAGCCGGUGGUGACAGAGGCCGAGCCGGCGACGGCGACAGAGGCCAAGCCGGCGGCAGCAGCGGAAGAGGCGAAGCCGGUGGUGACAGGGACCAAGCCAGCGCCGGUGGCGAUCCAGCGGGAAGCGUCGGAGGCGAGGUUGCCGUCGUCAGUGGUGGCGUUCCGGCGACGUCGGAAGCGACAGAAGCGGCGUAUGUUUGUGCGCUUGGUCGCGGCGGCCGAUGCGCUGGAGGUGGUUCUGCCCGAGGCGUACGCAGAGUUCGCUGAUCGUUUUGAGCCGAGCGGACCCAAGAAGUUGCCCGUGAGCCGACCUGGUUUUGAUGCGGUGAUCCGUAUUGACCCGUCCAAGCAGCUCAGGUGUGACCCGAACCGCAAGUUUGGCCGUAGCAAGGAGGAAGCCCUGAGGAAGUACGUGGAGGACGGCCUGAAGACUGGCAUGAUUGUGGAGUCCGAGUCCGCGUUCUGCUCCCAGCCCAUGUUCGUCAAGAAGGGUGAUGGCUGGCGCGUCUGUAUGGACUCCCGGCGUCUGAAUGAGGCGACGAUCAGGGAUCGGUACCCGUCGCCUGAUGCCUUGGCGCUGAUUGACAAGCUGAAGGGCGCGAAAAUUUUCAGCAAGUUUGAUCUCACGAGCGCGUUCUGGCAAGUGAGAUUGAGCGCCGACAGUGAGAAAUACACGGCGUUCCCGUGCGACGGCAAGCUGUACCAACACAGGGUCAUGUGUUUCGGGUUGGUCAACGCGCCGGCGAUGUUCCAGCGUCUGAUUAAUGAGGUCAUGGGCCCGCUCUCCGCUUUCGCUGGAGGGUACUUUGACGACAUUAUUGUGUUCUCCAAGACGCCGGAGGAGCACGAGCUCCACGUGAAGCAGAUGCUGGCUCGGCUGAGGGAGUUUGACCUGUACGUCUCCUUGAAGAAGUGCGUGUUUGGCACGUCGAGUGUCGACUUCUUGGGGCGGCGGGUCAGCGAAGCCGGAGUGGCGGUGGAUCCUCGCAAGGUGCAGGCGGUCCUCAACUGGAAGCCGCCGACGGACGCGACUGGUGUGCGUGAGGUCAACGGCCUCGCGUCCUUCAUGAGGCGUCAUGUGCCGAACUAUGCCGAGCUGGCGCGCCCGAUGACGAUGCUGACGCGGAAGAAUGUCCCAUUCGUCUGGUCGGCAGAGUGCGAGAAGUCGUUCCGCGCGAUCCAGCAGGCGCUCGUCCAGGCGCCGGUGCUGGCGUACCCCGACACGUCGCGGCCGUUUGAGAUUUUCUCGGAUGCGUCAGAUCUCGCGUUGGGUGGUGUGCUGAUGCAGAGGUCGGAGUCCGGCGACGGUCUGCACCCGGUCGCCUACUACUCGCGCGUGUUCACGAAGCCAGAGAUCAACUACUCGGUCUACGACAAGGAGCUGCUGGCUAUCCUGGAGUGUCUCCGCGAGUGGCGACAUUACGUUUGCGGUUCUGGCAAGAUCACCGUUUGGUCGGACCACAGGAAUUUGCAGUGGUUUACGGAGACGCGGGAGCUGACGGCGCGCGAGGCUCGGUGGUGCGAGAUGCUGGGCGAGUUCGAUCUGCUCAUCAAGCAUCUGGAGGGCUCCAAGAACGGUGCGGCGGAUGCGAUGUCCCGUUCGGCGUCGGGAGCCGGGCCGAAAGAGAAGCUUAAGGGCCGGGUGUUGGACCCCGAGUUGUUGGUGGCCCCAGUCGCUGGCGAGGCCGAUGACGAGCAGAGCGAAGAUUUCGUGUUCUCGCCCGGGGCGACUCUGCCGAGCGCGCCUACGGUCAUGACGCCUACUGCCAUUCGCGAGGCUUUGCAGAAGGCGGUGGCCGAGGGGGAAGAAGAAGGAGUAGAGCUUCUAUCCUCCAAACGAUACCAACUUCACGACGGUCUCAUCAAGCGCGAGGACCGAGUGUUCGUUCCAGAACAUUUACGUCCACAGAUCCUGCGAUACCGCCAUGACGCAGCGACAGCAGGUCACUGCGGGAACCGAAAGACGCUCGAGUUAGUUCAACGCGACUUUGUCUGGCCUGGAAUGAGAAAGUACGUGGAGCAGUACGUGCACACUUGCCCAGUUUGCCAGAUGGUGAAGCAUGCGAGGCACGCACCAUACGGUCUCUUGACUCCGAUUGAGGCCGCAGACAAGCCUUUCGGCGACUGGUCCAUCGACUUUGUGACCGGAUUACCAGAUUCUCAAGGGUUUAACGCAGUCAUGGUCUGCAUCGAUCGACUGACUCGAGUUGCACAUUUCAUUCCGACGACAAAGUCUGUCACGGCGGAGGAAUCGGCUCAGUUGUUCCUGGAGAAUGUCGUGAAGCUGCACGGCGUUCCGGUUCGUGUCUUGUCUGAUCACGGACCUCAGUUCAUUGCAAAGUUCUGGAAGAAGCUAUGGAAGGCGAUGGACAUCGACCUCUCCUACUCUAGCGCGUAUCAUCCACAAGGAAACGGUCUUGUGGAACGGGUGAAUCAAGCGCUGGAGUCAUACCUGCGAGCGUACGUCAGUGAAGCCGAGGACUGGUCAAGACUCCUCUGGUUGUGCGAGUUCACGUACAACAACACGGUGCACGCGGCGAUCCAGUGCAGUCCGUUCAUGGCCAUGUACGGUUUCCAGCCGGAAAUGGAUGAGAUUAACUUCAAGUCGCCGAAGGCACCUCAAACGGCAGCUGAUCGCGUGGAGGAACUCAAGGCACUGCGUUUCUCGUUGAGAGCGAAUAUUCACCGAGCAAACAUGUCCGCAGCCAAGUUCUAUGAUCGACACCACAAGGCAGCACCUCCGAUCACGGUGGGCAGCCUAGUCACAGUUCUGCGUCGCAGUCAGACGGCCGAACAACCGUAUGCCAAGUUGGCGUACGUACGCGAUGGUCCCUUCAAGGUCGUGAAGCAGAUCAAUGAGCGUGCCUUUGAGCUGGAUCUAGGUGAAGCAUCCAGCAAGUCCCGCACCUUCCAUGUAUCUGUCUUGGAAUUGUUUGUCGCUGAUGACGUUGAAGGUCGGAUUCGGCGGGUCCUGCCUCCUGUCAAGGACUGGGACGGAACAGUUCGACAUCGAGUCGAGGCGGUGAUUGAUUCGACUCGUCACAGCGAGAUUAUGUACUAUCGCAUCCGAAGGGUAGGCACCACUGCUCGUGAAGAUACUUGGGAGCCGGCCAAAGAUGUGUGGGCUCGCUUCCCCAGGGCCGUUCGUUUAUUCCAUCUAGCCGAACCUUCUCUGCCACAGCCUACGCGAGAGGAGUUUCACGAAUGGAUCGCCGUCGGUCCAGGCGAAUCAUGUUCAACCCACGGCUAG